AUGCCCGCUUGUCCCAACCCCCAGCCGAAGACGGCAGCAAGCCCAAGGAACAAGAUAAAGACUAAAGCGCCUCCGCGUGUCAAAUGUACCUAUCUCAGCUGCAACUUUCGGUUCCAGACAGAUAAGGACAUGAAGAAACACAAGACCGCCUCGUCUGAGCAUGAAUACUGCAACAAAUGCGACAUCGAGUUUGAGAUGGAAGAACACCUCCUCCUCCACAAGAUCAAGAGCAACAAACACAUCGUCUGUCCAAUAUGUGGUAUUGACUUUGACAGCGAAGGCGGCCGUGACCGUCAUAUACGUCAGCUCCCAAUGGCCCGCAGCGACCUUAACCGCGAGGCGAUACCCAACCAACCGGACAGGAUAACAGCGAACACGAACGGGCUUGUCGACCGUCACUGGCCAAGACUGACAGAAACGGGACUGGAGAAUAGGAUGAGCGAUCUCAUGGACGUCUCCACCCCCACUGGCAACGGAAAGGAGAAUGAGAAGUUGCCAGCAUCGAAAGCAUCUGCAUCUGUAUCUGCAGCUGGAGCUGGGGCUGAAUCGAAAUUUAAGUCCGGAACCCUAGCCGCCUCUGCUCUUGGUUCUCCCCUGUUCGUUGGGAUUUCUAAUGCUGGAGUCGAGCUUGCGAGGAUCUACAAGGACUGGAACCCAGGAAACUUCAUCGACGUGUUCACCGGAGAAUACGUAUGUGCGUGCGGAAAGCGCUGUCUAACCAAGGAGGCGUUUGAGACGCAUGUCCUUGCUGAGAGCCAGGGAGCACGCAGAAUGCAGUGCCCUAAUUGCCUGAAGAUUUUCAAGUCUACUGCUGCGAUCAUCACGCAUUGGGAAUCCCCGAGUCUAAAAUGCGACCAGAGCGAAGCUGAUAUGUACGCGCAGAUUGUGGACGAGGUCAGCGGCGGACUGAUCCACAUUGCCGGCUACAAUGAGGACGGAACGAUAAGCGGCUUGACGAGGGAGUCUAGCGGACUAACACACUCCAGCUCAGGCUCGUGGUGCAGUGCAGAAUCGACAUAUCGGUCACAGGCACAGCCAGCCUUGAGAGCCAUGGAAUCGUGA